UAAUUACACCGAUUAGUAGAUAACUAAACUUUAAGUCCGGCACACAUUGAUGCUCUAAUUAAUUUUUAAACCUCGUUUUAAGUGACAUUGCAUUGUUGCUCAUUUUUGCGAUGAAUAACUCACAAGUUUCUAUAUAAAAGCAGCUAAAAUUGCAUAAAGACAUUAAUAAUACACACAGUUACAAUAAAUAACAACUAAUUAAGUAAAUAAAUCAAGUUUUAAUCAGUUAUUAAGUGUUACUAAGUGUUAAAAUUGUAUUUAUUGAAGUAAAAGUGAAUAUAAGUGUGAAAAAGGUGUUAAAAUGAAGAAAUUUGUUGUUUAUUGUUGUUUAAUAACAGUUUUGUUGUUAUUAAACAAUAAUUUAGCUUCUGGGCAUAACACAAAUGAAAUAAAACAAGUUCCUGAUGGUUUUCCUCAUGAAGAAGACAAAGAACAAAAUUCUCCAUCUUCAACUACACCUAAAUUUUCAUGCGUCCUAAUGAAAUCCUUCGCCUACGGUCUUCAGAAAGCUGUAGAAGAGUUUGCUUCAAGUCAUCAGGACUCAAAUCUAUCCAGAGCUGUAAGAGACAUCAAUAUACCACAAUAUUUCACAGAAUACUGUGUUGAAACACCGAAAAAUAUCAAAGAAACACAUGAAAACAGCCAAAAAGUCAAACGUAAUCAACAUUCAGUGAAUUCACGCAGUAAAACCACAAAUGAAACACAACCAUUCAUUGUUUCACCUUCAGAAGGUAGUAAUAAUGUCCACCAAGAGGAUAAGCAUGAAAAACAUCAAAAAAUCAACGAGUUUGAGCGUUUGUUACGCAAUUUUGAAGAAGUUACCAAUGCUUUGCGAUCACAACUACAAAAUCAACCAGCGCCAUCUUCCGGGCCUGUUAAAGACCAUUUAAAACAUGAACACGAACAUCAACACGCUCCAAACGCAGCGAUUUCGAUGUUAAACGCUGAAAAACCAAUGAAUUCAUCUAAUUUGAGUCAAAACAGGACUAAAACUGAUAAUAUUUCGCCUAAAAAUGAAGUUUUUUCACCAAUUUUGAAUGAAAACAGUACAAAUAUUAAUCUUAACAGUAAGAAUGAUACAAAAGACGUCAGAGAACGCCAUUCACACAGUCAUAAGAAGCAUAAACAUUUAACAAAGUCUAAAAGUAAAGCAAAAGUAGAAUUUCCGAUUGACGAUGAAAAUUUUAGUGUUGGUGAUGAUAAAUACGUCUCUGAACGCUUGAAACAAGAUAAACAAAUGUUAAAAGACGAAGAGAAUGCGCAGGAGUUAGAUAAAACUGUUUUUAAGCAUCCAGUUAAACGUUCUUUGGAGAAAAAUAGAGGUUUUGCGAAGAAAAACAAGGUUUUUGCUGAAAAAAAGAGUAAAUUUGGUAAAUUGAAGAAAAAUAAGCAAAUUAAACAAAAAUCAAAACGUAAAAGUUACAAAAAAUCAAAACAAUAAUAUUUUAAUAAGAUUUUUAAGGGAUAUUGGUAUGUUUAUUAAGUUUAUCAUUGUUUAAACUUAAAAAAUCGUAAAAUUUGUUUUUUAUUUUGAUGUUUAACAUAGGCAACCAAAGGUACACCAUAGAUACAAAUAAUUUUAAUGUUUAAUUUAAAUGUUUUAUAAAAUAUAAACACAUAUUAAAUAAAAUAAUAACAAUAAAUAUAAUAAAACGCAAA